AACUUGUGAGAAUAGCAUUCCACGCGCUGAUACGACGAGAAAGUUACUGUCAUGUUUAGACAGAUUUCUCGUCGUUGGAAGCAAUAUAGAUACAGAUUUGUACCCUGGGUAGCUACGAAUAUCAACGAGAGUGCACCAAGAAUAGUACCAUCAGUCUAUGAAGACAAGAUUGUUGCUGACGCAGAGGUUGAAAAAUGUCUACUAUCAUUGUUGACAGCCUUUCACAAAAGUGGAAAACAGCAUGCAACAUUAACGGCAAAACAUGUUGAGCAUACCAAAUUAAUGUUAGGGGAGUGUGGGUUUUCUAUAAAGAGGCGCCCAAGUCUGCUUGAGAAUGGUGGUAGAGGAGUGUUUGUAGCAAGUGGACAUGUACGGCCUGGCAGUGUAGUGGCAGUGUAUCCAGGCAUGGUAUACCAUCCCUGGGAACCAGUGUUUUGGGUUAGCCUUGCAAAUUCAUUCUUAUUUCGAUGUGCUGAUGGUGUACACAUUGAUGGUAAAGAUACAGGCCUUUCAAAAAUGAUGUACAACUCAUGUUCUAAGAGAGACAGUGUGCAUGGGAAGUUGAUGUGUGAUACAACAUGGCUUACUGAGACACCAGUCAAUCCUCUAGCUGUGGGACAAUAUGUCAACAACCAGUCUAAUAAAUAUGAAGCAAAUGUAGCAUACCAAGAAUUUGAUAUAUCAUCAGACUUUCCAGUGGAGUUGAGACAGUAUAUCCCAAAUACAGAGGCCAGACUUCAUCAAGACAUGGAACACACAUUUUAUAAUAGGUUACUGCGAGUAGUUGUGCUUGUGUCCCUGCGUGAUAUUACAGUGGGUGAGGAAAUAUUUUCAACAUACUACACCAUAGUACAGAAAGAUAAAUCUGUGUCAUGAGAAGCCUGUAUGUUUACUGUCAUCAUGGUGAGGACAUACCAAGUUCGCAAUCUGUAGCAGCAUAGAACCCAGAGAACUGAGGUAUGAUGUAUAUUUACAAAAUCAUCAAGCAGGAGAAACCAUUAGUGCUACCAUAUAGUGCAUGGUCAUUGUUCCUUCAUGUUUCAUGCCAGGAGGUAGUGCAGUAUGCAGCAUACAUAGCACUUAAAAUUGUUUGCAGAACAACAGCAGUUACUGAACUGACUGAAACAUCAAGUUGUGGAUAUCAUGUGAUAUGAAGCUGUUAUGACAUGAUAAAAAGGAAGUUGUUUGUUCGCUGAAGGAUUUUCAUAGCAGAUUAUAGACUCAUAAACACAGGAGAGUGGGAGAGGGAAGGUUAUUGAUAGGUACAAUCAUCUUUGACAGACUACAGGAUUAUUUAUAAGACAUUAAUACUGUGAAAACUGUUGAUGUAGGUGAAGAAAGGAAGAGUACCUAAGAAGUUGAAGCAGUGGUCACUUGUUUUAGGAGAUUUCAAGGACAGGGCCCUCUCUACAUUUUGGGGGAUUGGGGCCGGGGCCCUUGGAGGGGGGAAUUUCGCGUCGUUUUCAAGGGAGGGGGGAAUUCAUUCUGGAGAUAUGACAUCUGAACAUAACCCCUUAAAUUAAGGUCAAUUGAGUAUUACAGAUAUCAAACUAAUGUGAAUAUAUCUGAAGUAUUGUACAGAACAUAAUCUAUUGAAAACAGGCAACUUUUAUUUUCUUUUAUUAAAUCAAUUAGGUGACAUCCAAUCGAGGUUCACAUGUCGUCAUUAACGGAAGCACUAGCAGUAUCCACGGACAUUGUCUCAGCAGCAGCCGGAGCAGUGCUUCCCUUCGUCAUAUCUACCUGAUUGUGCAUGUCUGGCCCUGAUGAAACAGCGGUGUCCGUGACAGUAGUUUG